AUGAGGGAAGUUAAUUUCAGCAUUCCGAACGUCAACAAGGCGUCUGUUGGCAUCACAACUGCUCUUUAUGACCGCCGAGCUCUCGACUGCACAUCCACACUGCCACUCAUCAACUCUCUCAACCACCUUGCCUAUCUGACCACCUCCUCAGCUCGGAUCCGCGACAUUUUAACCGUCGAUGGAGGCAUCGAACGUCUCGUCUGCAUAUUGAAGCAAGGUCGGAGUACGGACAUGAUGGGCAUGUGGAAAUGGAAUCUUGCAUUUCAAUGUGUAGUUAACAUCGGCGUCCGAGGAACUGAAAACGUACGAACUCGAGUGGUCGAAGCCGACAUGGUACCAGUCAUCGCAACCAUACUUGACAACUAUAUCAAAAUCAUUGAAAAGUGUCGCGAAAAGGCAGAAGAAGCCAGCCAAAAACAGAUCCACGAACAUCAUCACCGUCGUCAUCGGGGACAUGACCAUCGUGGCUCCUCCAAACCAGCGACUUCCUUCACCAAUCGAUCCGCCCGCCUCGAGCCCGACCAGAGGACUGCCCGACGGCACGGCCCUCCUCCUUCCAUUGAUGUGUCUGCCAGCUAUGCUGGACCAUCAUCUAUCACUGCCCAGUCGAUGGUUGAGCCCACAGCCGCAGCAUCGCAAUCUACCAUCACAACACCAGAGCGAAGUGCCUUGGCUGCUGGCCGUCACCGGCACACUUCUCGAACGAGUGACUCCCGGCAUGCUUACACGGCUUCGGCCGGAGCCGUUUUGCAGCCUCUGGCUGUACCAACAUCAGCUAUGGAGGACAUCGACGGCCUCGUGCGACCUGUUCGUGACUCGGAUCGUUUGGCAUCAAUGGCCCUGUUUGGCCAGGGAGAGAAUGCAUCCCAACCUAAUUCACCCACGACACCACUCCCCCCACCUCAACUGCGUUCACCAACUGUGCGGCCUGCCCCAGCUGUAAACGCAGAAGCCGCUGCGGCCGCGACAGCUGCUGCUGCGACAGCCGCGCUAGAUGCUUCUGAUAGACCUCGAAGGAGACCAUCUAUUAGACAUCAGACCUCUACUGUUGAAACAGACGACAUGAAUGCCGACAGUAUGCCAUCUGAUGAAUCACCCGAUGCCGAUAUGGCUGGUACAACAGAAAUGCAGUCUACUGUCGGCAUCCAGGAUAUUUCUAUGGAGGAUGGGGAGGGCAUACUUGCAGGUUCAUCUCUGGAGUUAAAUACUCCAACAGUAUCAGAAACACAUCAAGACCCUGGCACUUUCAACAUCACGCACCGAAAUGCAAUGGACGGGAGUAUGGGAAACACGACGAAUGCAACACCUGUUCCACCAAUGGGACUUUCUCCGGGUCGGCCAACAAUGGUCACACCGCCUCAACAACCAGCGCCGCAUUCGACCGUGCCUCGAUAUCUACUGGAUCGACAUGUUGUUCCUACCGCGCAGAUGCUUGCCGUCAUGCCACGAGAAGAGGAUGUGUUAAUGUCACUACAACUUUUGGCAUACGUCUCUAAAUACUGUGGGCUGCGGUCAUAUUUCCAAAAGAGCCAUAUAGUGCCAAAACUUUCCUUGGGCACAAACUUGGCGGCUCUUGAUGGAGAGGAAGAAACGCCGGAUGUAGACGAUUCUGAGGACUCCGAGGAGGAAUAUCUACUGCCCAACGAUUUCAACCUUUUUCCUCUCGUAGAAAAGUUUACUGUUCGUUAUCACAGCACUGACAUGCAAUACUGGGCUGGGGUUGUUAUGCGAAAUCUCUGCCGCAAGGACGAUACUCGUGGUGGCAUUCGACAGUGUGCCUAUUACCAAUGUGGCAAGUGGGAAGAGUACACAAGGCAAUUUGCGAAGUGUCGCCGGUGUCGUCGUACCAAAUACUGCAGUAAGGAAUGCCAGAAAAGCGCAUGGGCUUUCCAUCGCCAUUGGUGCGUCGCUGCAUCGCAAUAA